GAACGCAGUGAUGAAGGAAAAUUUCUGUGGUGAAACAUAUAUUUUGUCACAAUGCACAUAUUAGAAUUCUCCUUGGAAUAAAUAUUUACACCGGAUUUAGUUUUAUUUGUUCGUGUAAUUGAGUCGGGACUGAACCGCGCAUUUUUUAAACUUAAAAACAAAACGUAUAUGUGAUUGAUUUUUGUUAUAAAUUAGUCAACUUUCCACAGUCGGCUCAGUUAUAAUUGAAUAUCAGUUAACCUGAACAUGUUUUUCUACGAAUGAUUUAUUCCUUAUUAAAUACGACUUUGCGGACAAUUUUUAUCGAAAAGUUUGUUAUUUGUUUUUGUUAACGGGAUCGAUUAGUGCUCGUAAAAAUGCCUGAUAUAUUUUCGCCUUUUGUUUAUUGGGCCCAGACUGAGAAGGACGUUACUCUGAGGGUUGAUUUGACAGACGUUAAGGAUCCCGAAGUAAACUUGGAGCCUUCCCAGUUGAAAUUUAUUGCUCACGGUCAGGGUGCGAGAGGGCCCAAUCAAUAUGGGUUUGCUCUCAGUUUUUUCACAUCCGUCAAUGUUAAAGAGAGCAGCUACAAAAUUAUGGAUCGUCAAGUAGAUUUUGUCCUGAGGAAACGAGUUUGUGGAUGGUGGCCACGUUUGACAGUAACACCUGCAAAACCAGCUUGGUUAAAAAUUGAUUUUGACAGAUGGAAGAGUGAAGAUAUGGAUGACGAGGAAGAAAAACGAGAUAUUCGUCAAGAUUAUCCAGAUAUGUAUGACAAACUUCACAAAGAGGAGUUUGGCUACAGGAAAGAAGAUUUCAAAAAAGUGUAUCUGGUGCUCUAUAAUCUGUGCCAAUUUGUUGGAUUCCUUUACGUCCUUGCUGUCAUGUGUAUCAAAUAUUCUCGUGAAGGGCCAGAUUCGAUCAACGAGACAUAUACGAAUGUAGGGAGCGCAAUGAAAUUUAUUCAGUUACUACAAUUUAUGGAAGUGAUGCAUCCGUUGUUCGGUUACACAAAGGGAAACGCAUUCAUCGCUCUUCUUCAAAUUGGAGGUCGAAAUUUCAUACUAUUUUGUAUGAUCGAAGCAGAGCCAAGAAUGCAAACGAAGCCUGUGAUAUUUUAUGUGUUUUUGGUGUGGAGCUUGAUCGAAAUAGUUCGUUAUCCGUACUACAUAACGCAAUUAUUGAACGUUGACAUAGCUCCUUUAACGUGGCUGAGAUACACGAUUUGGAUGCCUCUUUAUCCAUUCGGUUUUCUCUGCGAGGGCAUAAUAGUACUUCGGAACAUACCAUAUUUUGAAGAAACAGAUAAAUUCACUGUUUCUUUACCAAACGCGUGGAAUUUUGCGUUUCAUUUUCCAACUUUCAUGAGACUCUAUUUGCUAUUACUCUCCAUACCUGGGAUGUACACGAUGAUGUCGCACAUGAGUCAAACGAGAAAGAAAAAACUCGGUCGUUCCAAUAUUGAGAGGAAAUAUGCUUGAUUCAAUAAUAAUCCUUUAAAGUAUGGUAUAAAAUGGGAUUAUAAUAUCAAAGACUUAUAAAAAAUGAUUACUGAAAGUUCAAUGGAAUGUCGAGCGCAAUAAUUUUUCUUUGGGUCAUAAAAAAAAUCCAAUUUGCUCCAUUCAAUUGCAUUUUAAUGUAGACUUGUGUGUGUGCGUGUUUUUUUAAAGCGAAUCAAAAACAGUGAGUACUUGAAACAGUUUGCUGUUCCAUUCCAACGGUGGGUGACAUUGAAAAAUCAGAAUUUUGGUGCGUUGGGCUGUAGGGGAAAUUUAGAGGAUAAUGGGGUGAUGAAUGAUCUUCGGGGGCAGAAAGUGUGAACGAAUAAAAGCAGCGAUCGGUAGGAUAAAAAUAGUGUCGAAAAAGUAAGAAAGGAAAAUGGAAUGACUGCGACUUACAAGAAUUCUGCAAAUUUUUUUAUUUCCAAUGAUUUCGAAGUUUGCAUCGUGAAAAAAUAAGAAAAUCGAUUUGUCAAGUUUCUUCAUUCUUCCUUAUUGCCGACUAUUUUGGCUGGCUGUUGAAUUUUUCCUAAAAAAAAAGUGAAGAAAUUCGAUUUUACGCACUUUUCAUCUGCACUGAAAUUUUUGGGUAACGAUGAAAAAAAAAAAAUACUUCAGUUGAAUUCCAGUGUCGCAAACUUCGUCGAAGUUUUUAAUCGUAUAAUCGCCAGCAAGUACUUCAAUUUUAGAAAAAUAAUAUGACUUUGAAAGUCUCUAAGAAAAAUCGCCACAUAAUUAUAAAUUGUACAGCUUCGUCUCGUGUAUUGAGAACUUAUUUUCCAUUGAUCUUGUUACGGAUCAGAAAUAACGUAAAACCCAAAUAACAAUCAUUGUACAGCGCAUGUUUUAUGUAGCCAAAGAACAAAAACUGGAGAUUCGUAAACAAAAAACAAUGUGACCUUCGAAAACUGUACGUGUUCUGUUAAUCGUGAAAAUGUGUAAACUCUUGUCCAUUGUAUUUUUACUGAGCUUCGUAAAGUAGAAUUAUUGGCUUUUACAAAAUUUAUAUGUUUUGUAUUUUACGUUCUAUCGUAUGGAUGACCGUUUUCAAAUAGAUUUUUUUCCAACUUGAAGUUGAGUGAAUAAAAAAUUAUGAUAUACCCAGUUA